AUGCUUCCAUUACUCCUUGUCAUCAGCGUUGUAUUCACGUACUCGAUUGCAUGGCUGUUGUAUUGGUCGAGAGCUGGGCCUUUCAGUUUCUCUAAGCUGCCAUUGGACCCUCGGAGGGUGUGGAAACUGAACAAGGUCGUCUUCUCGGUCAUUGUCGGUGAUCUCGACUUGAUCCCCGUCGGCCUGGCCCUUGUUAGAUACCGUUACUUUACCAUGCGUGGAUCCAAUGACUUUAUUACGGAUGUGCAUUAUAACCCAAGGAGACCCAACAACAAGAUGGAUAUCUAUAUCCCAGAGGGAGCUGUUCGCUCGUCUGACGUCAAGGCAUAUCAGGGAGACAUGGACUCGGAUGACAAUGCGGCAUUGAAGCCAGUCGUUGUUUUCAUCUAUGGAGGCGCAUGGUCGGCAGGAUCCAGAUGGACAUACACUCUGAUCGGAGCUCGUCUAAGAUCCAUGGGCUAUGUGGUCUUCUUGCCCGACUACUCGAUCCACCCCCAAGGACAUAUUAGAGAGAUGGAGCAGGAUGUCAAGAUGGCCAUUCAAUGGACUCAUAACAACUGCAGGAGCUAUGGAGGUGACCCCCAGCAGCUUUAUCUCAUGGGCCACUCGGCUGGUGCUCAACUCUGUGCGCUCACGGUUCUCAAUGAUAGCAUCCGUCGGAUCCCAACCUCAUUGUUGGGCUCUUCCCCCGCCGCCAUUACCACAUCGCCAAUUUUGACAUCCAUUUUGACAGAGAGGAAGGACGAUCGACAUAGCGGAGUGUUGCCAAGGAUCCGAGGAAUGAUUCUCUGCUCGGGCGUGUACGAUAUCGGCGAGCACUACAAGCACGAGUCAAUGCGAGGCGUUGAAGAGAUCUCGGCCAUGGCUAGAGUCAUGGGCAGCAGUGAGCUCACCUUCCGUCAACACUCGCCCACAAUCAUCCUCCAGGAAUUGCUCCAGGUUUCCACAGGAAUCGAUCCCAAAUACCCGACCGAAUCACAGACUCGCCACCAACAUCUCCUUCGUCAUUUGAAGUCGCUCAUGCCGAUCGAGACGAUUGUGAUCCAUGGCGACAAGGAUCUGACGGUCCCUUGGAAAUCUUCGUCUGAAUUCUACAUGGAACUCAAGACACUUCAGUUGGGUGCUGGCGCUAGAUUGAGGAUGAUGACCGGCAUGGGCCACGCUGAACCUGUUGUUGCCCUGAUGCCCAGCUUCCUCAACAAUCCCUUUAAGAAGCCAUUGUUGUCCGAAAUCUCCCAAUUCAUUGAUGGCAACCGGACAUUACAAUAG